AUGGGCCCGAUCCAGCAAAAAGCCCUGAUCAACUGUGAUCUCGGUGAAGCAUACGGCAACUGGGCUUGCGGGCCAGAUGAAGAUUUACUACCGAUGAUCGACAUUGCAAAUGUAGCCUGCGGUUUUCACGGAGGUGAUCCCCUUAUCAUGAUGGAGACCGUCCGGCGAUGCAAAGCACACAAUGUCAAAAUCGGGGCCCACCCGGGACUACCUGAUCUACAAGGGUUCGGCAGACGUGAGAUGAAACUCUCACCAGACGAAUUAACCGCUAUCACGGUGUACCAAGUCGGCGCUUUGAAGGAAUUUCUCGAUCGCGAGGGGGUACCGCUGAACCACGUUAAGCCACACGGUGUUUUGUAUGGCAUGAUGUGUAGAGACCUGGAGGUGGCCAAGGCUGUGAUGCAGGGGAUUCCUAAGGGAGUGCCGGUCUUCGGGCUGAGUGGUACAUGCAUGGAGCAGGCGGCUCAUGAGCUAGGUGUGGACUUUUGGGCGGAAAUGUACGGAGAUGUCAAGUACGAUUCUCGUGGGAUGCUGGUUAUCGAUCGCAAGAAGAAGCCCUGGAAUACGGCGGAUGUCGAGAAACACGUUCGCCAGCAGCUCGAGGAGCAGUCUGUCACGGCUGUGGAUGGAUCGACCUUGUCUUUGCCGCUGAAGUCUUACCCGCUGUCCAUCUGCUGCCACAGUGAUUCUCCGGGUUGUUUGGAGAUAGUUGCUACGACACGGAAGAUGGCCGACGAAUUCAACAAGAAGUAUGGCUGGUAG